AUGUCGCAGACGACGGAAAUGAAUUCGAUUACUUUGACCAAUAUUGGUCAAAUCCCGGGUGCAGGAGGUGCUCCAGCCGUUGUAUCCUUCUCCCCCGAUGGUCGCUUGAUAGCUAUCGGGGAGGAAAGCGGGUUAAUCACUAUUCGCACCUCUGAAAAGCAGUUUCAAGUUCUCAGACGUUACGACGCUGGCUCCAAAGUGCAAAGCAUUGGUUGGCACCCGAGCAUUCCAUUUUGGUUUGUUGCUGGGUGCAUUUCGGGAAAUGUGUAUGCUAUACAUAUACGGCCUAACACAGCGGAUGUGCUCCUUCGCGAAAUACAAGGAUUUAUCCAAAGCCUAUGUAUCAACGAUGACGGAACUCAGAUGGCCUUGGGUUUCAGCGAUGAACAGUCCACUUGUGUCGCGUUGAUCGACGAUCCCUUUGCUGAGCUACAGAAGCCAUUACGAAUCGCAAAGGCGAAGAACUUUCCGCCAGUCAGUAAAGUUCCCCAUCAACUUUUGUUCUUAGACAAGGACAGCCUCCUCAUCUGUUACUCGGGCAAAUCCCGCUUUGUGGUUAUCCAAACAAAGGAUCCGUACGCAAUUCUUUGGAAAAUGGAUGCGCCCAUUGGUAAUUAUAAUAAGAUUGGUUGCGUUGCUUUAUCGCCUUCGAGGUCCGAAAUCGCUGUGACAAACCUGGUCAGCGGAAUAGAUUUUUAUUCCCUUAAAGAACGGAAACAUAUGGGAACCACGUAUUAUGACUUUUUGGGAAAAUCAAAAUCCAAUCGUAUAGCCAACAUUGCGUACAUGCGAGAAGACUUUGUGGUCGCGGGGUGUGUUGACGGCAAAGUGAUAUUCGUAGAGAAUCGCCCUUCCGCUGGCCAACCUGCGGGCGGGUGGGAGGCUAGAUCUGCGCACAAUUAUAGGUUGCUGAGAACGGACAAAGUUAAGAUCCGCUCAUCAUUACGACUCGCAUUUGGUGUUGUCAGAAGCGAGCCAAUUAUUUUCUACGCAGACGGAGAAGGGGAGAACCUUUACUAUGUCGUUCUUUCUGUCCACUUUAAACGUCACCUUACCAACAAAGAUGAUGUCAAGGAGGCCGAGACGAGGCACGGGGAUGUGCCAACCACGCCACCACAAGCGAUGGUUAACAAAGAUCCAUCUCGGAUCGUUCACAACCAACAGUCGAAGCUCUCUCACGCCUUGCCCAAUGAUCAGUCUGCCCAGAUCCCUACGUCUGCUGUCCAACAGGUGCCUCCUAUGGCGUCCAACCAGGCAGUUCCCAUGAUGGUGCCCGAUGAAGUACCUCCCAUCAUGGCGCUUAACCAGAUGCCUUCCAUUGCGUCUAGUCAAGUCCUUCCCACUGAAGUGCCCCUCACGACAUCCAAUCAGGAGCCUCUCGUGGUACCCAAUCAGGUCGACGAUAGGUCGCUCAUGGCGCCCACGGAGGUCUCCACUUCGUCGUCAGGCCACGUCAACGCCGCAUCCGCACCCAAUCAGGAACCUAUCACUUUGUCCAACCACUCCUUUGGUGCCUCCACCCAUGCCUCUGCCAACUCUUCGGACCAGGUUCGUUUCAAUGUGUCCGACGUCUCUCUCAACGUCUCCGACCAAGUCCUUCGCAACGCCUCCGACCAAGUCCUUCGCAACGCAUCCGUCCCUCCAAUUGCAAAUGCGUCCAUCCCUCCCAAUGCGUUCAUCCCUCCCAAUGCGUCCGUCACUCCUAAUGUGUCCGUCAUUCCUAAUGCGUCCGCCUCUGCCACUACAACUCUCCCCCCCACAACCGCAUCAACCAACAUGUCUGACUUGAAAGUCACCCAGGCUCCUUCCGUCACUUCCAAUCAAGUAUCUUCAAGUACUAGUACCACCGACAAGGAGGACUCCUCUCCAACAGCGCGUAGUGGCCAACUCAAUUCGGAGAAUGACUUGCUAUCAUCGGAGAAUGAUUCGCACCAUGGCCAACACUUUUCCACGGCUCGGAGGGUAUCGAGAGCCUUAAAAGCUAUUCUUUCAGCGGCCCUGGUCGCCUGGAUUAUUGCAGCCGGUUACCCAUACAUCUCUUCGAAAUCUCUAUCAAAUUUGAAGCAAGCUCUUGACCCUUUCCUCCCACUGCUAAGUCAACCCACUGCGGUUGCGUAUGAUUCCGAGACUGCCCAAUUUCUAAAGCCGAAAGUCGCGCUAGCAACUCAACCUACAGUGAUUGCGCAUGAUCAUGAUCCUGAGAAAGUCGGAUUGCUCGAGCCAACCACCAGGUUGACACCCGAGAGAUACAUGGAAGAAUUUCAGCUCAGGGCAGCAGGCAUCACUCAGGCUACGGCAUGUACGCAUGUCCCGUCGCCAACAGAAUCUCCCGCCGUUAGUAUCGUGGUCUGCACUGUCACGGAAACCGUCACAGUUACAGCCAUACAAUCGGUUACCAUUACAACAGACCUAAAUAGGCCCACAGUUCUUCCUGGCCCUGCCCCCCCUCCGAAGCUGACCAGUCCAGAGACGGCGAACUCAGGCUCAAGCACGAAUUACAUGUUUUAUUGCUCUAUUCUGCUCUGCCUUUUCUCGCUUCGCUUGCAAAUUUUGCGCUUUCUUCCCCAUAUCAACAAGUUCUAUCACCUUCUCCGCUACGCCUAUCGCCUUCUCCACUACGUGUUUUGCCUGUUCGCCGAACUCACGCGCCCCGCUGAAUACAACGAGACAAGCCCGGAAAAGGCCCUGAAGUCCGACGUAAUGAUCGUGGAGCCUGAGGGAGACUUGGAGCUUGAGGGAGACUUGGAGCAGAAGGCGGACGAGGAAUUGGACUUGGUCAAUAUCAAAUCUGAGGAUGUGGAUUCGAAAUAUUGA